AUGGUGUCAUCAGCUAAAAUCUAUGUUCGACCCCUUCAAAAAGAUUUAAGUCUUGAGCAAACAGGACAGCCAUCAUUGGUGAGUUCUCUACUCAUUAUGACCAGUUUUCUUCUUUACCACAAUAUUCUGACCAAUGUACUUCUUUUGAUACAUUGACAUUAAGCUUGGCAGUGAGGGAUAGAGUGUGUUUAUGUCUUCUACUUUUACUAAAUGCCUUUCUAUCAAGAUGGAUGUUACAGUUAAUUUGUUUACUUUUUUUAUGUUAUUGUUUAUUACUGUUUUGAAAGUUCUUGAGCACAUCUCGUUAUAGUGGAAGAGCUUACAUGUAUGUGUCACUCUGCCAUUUAGCUGCCUCCUCAGGCUUGCUCUGGGCUUGUCCCCAGUUUUCCCUGAAAAGCACUUUUUUUUCAAUUUUUCACCAGAGCGAGUGUGAGUGACUUGUGACAAGGCAUUUGGAACUACUGUUGAAUUGUUGUUUAUUAGUAAACAGAACAGGCUAAGAUACACUAUGGUCAUCUGUGUUUGUAUUAGUCUUUUGACUCUUGCCCAUUGGAGAUGUGUGUCAAGUGUGGGAUCAAGAUUCAGCUUUCAAGAAUGAGGCAGCACAUGCAAGAUUGUGGUGGUGGAUCAAGUUCAAGUGCAAGUACAAGUAGUGAAAAUGACCCUGACAUGUUGGAUUUUGGUGGAUCAAGUAAAGUAACCACUGUUGUGAAUGAUGACUCAAGUGAUGAGGAUAAAGACCCUGUGCCCAUCAAGACAGGUACAUAAAAAGAACAGUGAAAAGCUACAUAAAAGACAAGACCUGUGACACUAAAACCUACAACACUGGCUACAUUAUAAAAAGCAAACUGAGAAAAUAAAGUGUGGAGUGCAGUGUGGCUAGUUUUGCACAACUCUUCUUACUAGGGAAUUGUGUGCAUUGGUGUUUGAUGGUGAGCUGAAAUUUCUGACAAGACAUGACCUGUAAAUCUCUUCUAAUAAAGUGUAAAUUAUACACAGCUAGGUCUGUCCCUCCCCUGGAACAGAAAACCAUCAGUGUGAUGACUAUGGUGCAGUGGGCUAAUAAUUAUUUGUAGAAAUUGUCUCUUUUUCUUUUCAAUGUUUUCUUAUGCAUAAAAUUUGAUUUCUCUCACUGCACAAAUAUAAAAAUGUUUUACAUGUUGAUCCUGGGGAUGAAAACGAAAAGGUGCAAUGCAAAUGUUGCUUGGUUGUAAUCAUGCUUUAAAUAUCUUACAUUUUAAGGAUGGCAGGAAAAGAGAGCAAUCAGUCCCACUGCCCUUGCAGAUUUCCAAGGAAUUUUUCCUGUUAAAUCAAGCUCUGACCUGCAGUCAGCUCUGGACAUUGGUGGUAGUCUUGAAGAAGCAAUAGAUCUACUUUUGGAAUCGGGUCAGUAUUAGGAACCCAUAACACCUUAUUUUGUUGUGAAUGUUUAUAAAAAUGUUUUUCCUUGAAGAGGAUGAAAUUUUAGUUGAAUUUCUUAUAAGCAGUCAAAAGCUUGCAACAUUUCAUCUCCUUUGUUUGUAAAAUAAUGGAGCUGUCAAAUUGAGGCCUACUAGCAUUCAAACUUCACUGAAUGUUUUUUUCCUGACAUGCAGCUUCUUAAGUUGUUGCAUAACAUGGAACAUAAGUAUUUCUCCUAGAUUUAUAAUGGGUCUACUUGAUUGUACAGGUAUGCAAUCAAAAUUAUAUUUUACUCUUUGGGUCAUUAAUAUUUAGUCAUAUGAUUAAUUGUAAGGUUCAAAUGCUGGUGACAGGGAUAGUAGCUCUACUGAAACUGGUAAGCCCAAACUUCAGGUACCUUCAACCUUGAGAGAUUAUUAGAAUGAUAGACGACAUGUAUGGGUAAUAGAACAGGAGGGCAUUUUGCAUGCGCAUGCGUGAAUCCGCUGAAUGACAAUAGCGUGGGUGCAUCAAAUCUGAUGGCGGGAAAUCGAAAACUCGCGCGUAAAGUUACAGUCCUUUUAAAAGCCAUUUCGUUGGUGCUUUGAAUACCGCACUUUCCUUCAAAAAAUAUUCUCCAUCACAAAAAUCAGACGUUUUCUACGCGGGUUUUCACUUGUAGAUUUUUCAGCAGUAGGUUUCCUUGGCCUUUUAAAGACUUUCAAGACUCAACGCCAAAAAGUCAUGUUCCUGUAUAAGUCUGAUUUUCACUGGCAAAGCAAUGCAUUUCUAUGGUUUGAUUUCCAAACUCGUGGUUUUACACAUCAGGGAGGAAAUGCAUCGUAGCAAUGUUCAGCUGCUGUAGGGCAAAAAGCGAAAAAAAAAAUUACCACGCAAGGUUUAUUUAUUAGCGCGAUGUCUCAUGUUAAACUGAUCGCGAAGACAAGCGUUUAUAUAUGUGUGGGGGUUUGUUCGAGCAACUCGCUCGGUACACGACGAGGGACCAGGAAUCUGAUUUACAUCUUGCUUUUAUUCUUCUUAAUCUUCUUACAACUUCUGCUUACACUACUUCUACUCUACUUUUCCUACUCUUCUCUACUCACUAGUUCAAGUAUAGUAGCGGUUUUAAUAGCCAAAGCUGGACGUGUUUGGGUUAGCUGGCCGGAAGAGUUUCCAUUGUAUUUCUUAUCGCUAACACUGCAACAGGUUUGCUAUUGUCAGGGAAUAGAUUAGCCUACGCACAGCCGCAACUGAUAAGUACCAAAUAACGAAGGUCAGCUCUAACAGCACAAACACGACCACCUGUAACAUUCCUAAUAUGGCAAUAAGUAAAUUCGCGAGCUAAGCAUAACUUCAAAUACAAGUAAACACAAAAGAUCAAAACAGGAAAACAGUACGUGGACAAAAACAAGACUUAAUGAAAGAAAAACUAAACUCAAAAGUUAAGAUAGAUCCGUCUUAAAAAUUACUUUCAAAAUACUUCAGAACAUAUGCCACAAAAACGUGAAAUCUAUGGGGUUUUUACAGUUUUUUGAAAGUUUUCGCGGAAAAAUUUAUAAAAAAUAUUCUAUUGGAAAUGAAGAAUGGACUGAGCUUGAGCUUGAGACAGAAACAAUUACAAGUGAUUAGGUAGAACAUAAUCACUUGAGCAUUUCUAAGCUCAGUUGCAGACAAAACGAAUGCACGCAUACUCCGAAAAAACGAACAGUACUUUUAUUUUUCUUUAACUCUAAAGGUACAAAGAUUUUUCCUAAGCUACUAUUUUGAAAGUACUCUUGAGUGACAGCUCCUGUGCUCCACAAUCGAUUUCUUGUUAUUAAUCUGUAUUUGAUGACAGUAGUGAUCCAUUCAAAACAGAGAAUGGCCAUCACUCCAUAUAAAUCUAAAUGACGAUGUUGUUCACCUUCAAAGCCUGUUUGAACAUAAGAUAGGAAGUUUGUUAAAGGGUGCAUAUAAUGCUGUUUCCUCAAAAAAUAAAUACUUCUGCUAAAGGACCCAAAUGAGCUGGGAUGCGACAACAAACAUGACACAAAUGGAUGGAUAAAUUUGUCUGUUCUUAAUGUUUCUGUUGAGAGCUUUUUACUGUAUCCAGAUGAACCCCUUAUGUAAGUUGUACAUCAUGGAAGAAUUAUCAAGCAGAAACUGAUGCACUAAACAAGAAUGUGGUUCAAUACAGAGGAGAAGCUGGUCUCAGUCAACAUCCUUCGUGAAUGAAAUGUCUCACAAAUUAGCAUAUCAACAAAUGUAGUAUCCACAAAAUGGUAUCAUUUAGGAAUAAAUGCGAUUUUUUGGCAACAGAAGCCAGGAUUUAUUUAAAAGGUAUAUUGAUAACGUUUCAUUUCGUGCUAUUUUGGGGUUGGGGAGUUAGGCUAGAUUUUCUUUAAAACGCCAAAAUGUUAUAUUUAUUUGCAUAAUGAAAUGUAAACAAACAGUGUACCAUCAAAAUAUGGUGGAAAAAAAAUCAGAAUUCAAACCGAUUGCUGUAAUUUUUUUCCUUUGUAUAACUAAAUGAUAGAAUAUUCUUAUUUUCAAAACACAAUCUUACUGGCAUCAUUAUAUUGAUUUAAAUUUAUAGUUGAAGUGCGUGUAUUUUAUUUCUCAACGAAGACGUACUGGAGAAGAAAGCUAAAAUUAUUACAGAAGGCGAUUUUUCACAGCCUUCAUCAAAGCGCCCUUCAUUCGCGGAAGUAUUCUUAGUUUCAUUAAUCAUUAACUUAAUCUGGGGAGAAAGGCAAGAUUUCGAGAUAAACAAGCCAGAGAAAGGGUGAAAAACAGUUUCACGGCAGAAUGGACAUUUAAUUAACCACUGUAUUCCUCGAAACGAUUAAGUUCGAUUUUAGAGUUAUACUAUUGAGAAGAAUUAAGUAUCUAUAGGAUAAUUGUUCGACGAAAAACUAUCAUACUGACCUUUUCCUCCUGCUCAAAAAAUGUGCGCGAAAUGUUAGGUGGUAAGAACAUUCAGCCGCCAUCUUGUCUUCGAUGUACUGUUUUACGAAAGGAAAGACUGUCCUCUCAAGGGCGACAGCGAGGCUACAAUAAACUCACUUUCAUCGUAAAAAAUACCACGAUACCUUAAAGAACACGUCUGAGGAACGUAGCACCCAAUACACGUCAUUCAGCUCCAGAAAACAGCCUGCAAAUGCUGGUACUGAACGUAAACAAUUCACAGAAAAUGCCUCUAUGGCACUUCAACAGCCCAUAUUGACGCAUGCGCAUACAAAAUGCCCUCCUGUUGGGUAAUAGACUCGUAAUAUCACUGUUUUCUUUUCUUCCAAGUCAAUAUAGUCAAUAGUAUUCACAUUCAUGUCAAUCAGAGAAGUUCCUUAAAAAAAACACAACAACAAUGACCAAAAAUCAAGGAGGAUAAUUUAUUAGAAAAAGGGCAUUCAUUGGAAGGAUUGCCCAAAACGGAAUCAUUGCAGUGUGCAAUGUUAAUUCAAUAUACUAUUGACAGUUAUUGUACAAUUUGUCUCUUUCGUAGGCAAGCCAUCCAUUACCACACAUGCAUCCACAGCUGUGGAAAUUAUGCAGUCCUACAGAUACCAGACAGAGCAAGGCACAGCAUAUAUUGAUGUUAACAGAAUGCAGUUGUCUAUGCUCCGCCAGAUAAUGACAAUUUACAAGAACCCUCAAUUUAACUUAAAGAAACGUGUGAAUGUAAUCUUCCACGGAGAGCAAGGUGCUGACUUGGGAGGCCCAACUAAAGAAUUCUUUCACAGUGCCAUUAGUUCCUUGAGUAAAGUUGAUCCUGUAUUCAAUAUGCAGUUGUUUGGUGGUCAAGAGGGACAUCUAAUCCCCUUUUAUGGAGUAGAUGCUGUUUCUUCAGGGUGUUUUCAAGUAGCAGGGAAACUUGUGGCACAUAGUUUGAAGCAUGAUGGCCCAGGAUUGGUAGGCCUAUCUCCUGCUGUAGUUAAAUACGUUAACACUGGUUCCUUGGAGGAGGCUGCGACCCUUGUUACAAUGGAUGAUCUAACCGAUCUUGAGCUCAAGGGACUCCUGGAAGAAAAGGUUAGAUAGGCUACAAUAAAAGUUUUAUUGUUACAAUGCUUAAACUUAUGAAUCUUACUGUAACACUUGCCAUGUAUCAAGCAGCUUGCAAAAUCCAGAUCAAUAUCAGUUUCUGGGCAACUGUGCACCUACCCCUCCCCUAACCCAACAGCAACACUAACUUAUUAACUUAUUAUAACAUGUUCUCACACAACUUUCAAAUUUCCAUUGCCUCAGUUUCUAGAGAGGUAUCCAUCACUUUCUCCUUUCUACUACCAGCCUAUUACAAUAUUAAAAUUGGAAAACAUAGUGAUUCCACCCAAUUUUCUUUAAGACUGCCAAUUAUUACAUACUGUACCUAUUUCAAAACAUAUUAAGCCAAUACUGUGUACUUGUGUUGUUACUAAACAGAAUGAACAUUGCUUCACCAUGUCCUUUAGGUUUUAAAAGAACAGGCUAUGCAUCAGGUAGAUGAUGAAGCAAAAGAUAAGGUUGAGGAGUUGCUGGUCCGACAUGGACUAACAGAUGCAGUACCACUGAGUGAUGUUAACAAAGAGAAGGCUAUCAAGGAUCUCCUUGUUGCCGAAGUGUUGGUUACGAGAACAAUUGGCCUUGACUCAUUCUUCCGAGGUCUUAACACACUUGGACUGGGUGAUUUGCUUCGCAAGCAUCCCUCCAUAACUAAAUUUGUAUUUCCCUCAAUGGAAGAAGCUUCAGUUGACAUGGACAUACUGAAAAGCAAGUUAGUUCAAGCACAUACCAUCCAUGAAAUUGUUGGUGAAGCUCAAGCACAGGCUUGGGAAUGGUUUCUUGAGUAUGUCGACAACACUAGCUCAAAUGUAGGUGAGUAAUGUGCUUGCACUGUACUAUUCCCAUCUGAGGGUAAAAUCAUUCAGUUCUUUUGUUACAUUUGGAGUUAUGGUUUUGAGACUGAAUUCUAAUCACAAAUGCAGACAGCUGCUAGAUGCUAAAAUGUGAACAUCUGGAAUGUCAAAAUAAGUUUUUAGAAACAUGGACAAGUAUAUCAAGUGACAUGAUUCCCAUGGAAGCAGUGAAACCUCACCAUGUCUGCCUUUACACAUGUACUUGCCAUAUACAUGUAAAUAAGCAGUUUGCCUAAAAAAGUCCCUGGCAGUGUUUUGAACACCUAUAUGGCAUUUCUAAAUAGAAAAACGAAAUAGAAAUGGUCCGCUAGUAAUGCCAUUGACAUUAAGUGAAAAGAGUCAUUUGUAUGUAGCAAUAUUGAUUGAAGUCAAUAUCCACCAUAUCUCAAAGUAAAAGGUUGGAGAGACAUGGCAACAAUUCAAUAUUAAUUUUCUUAUGCACUUUGUUUUGGGGGUUAACCUUGCAGAUGAAAACACGGGAUACCCACUAAGUAACUCACUGGUGAUAUUCAUUACUGGCAGAACAGUUCUUGACCCACAAGAGGAUUUGGAAGUUGCAUUUCAGACUGAUACCAGAAGGAAACUUCUUGAGGCAGACAGUUGUUUUCGUAAAGUGAUACUACCAAUCUCACAUAGUUGCUAUGAGGAGUUCAAGGCAGCAUGCAAUCUUUCGUUACUAUCAGGAGCUGUAGGAUAUGGUACAUUCUGA